AUCACACUUGCACAUCACACACACACACAGAUGUGUGUGUUAACUCCAUUCAGCUGCCGUUAAACUUUUUCGUUUUUUUCUGUUUUUGUUUUUUGCGUGUUUUGACAGAGAAAAGUUGUACUAGAAGGAGCCAUGGAGGUCCAACACACAUUUUGGCUGUGUGUUUUGUGUCCAUUUCUUGUGAAUGGGGCGGUGGUGUACCUCAGCCGAGCGAGCAACGACUCCAUCGAGCUCGCGUGUUUAUCCACCGCCUCAGAGAGCAGCAGCAAACCUUACGCCUUCUACCUGCGACGCAAAUGGCUGCAGAAAGACCAAGAGGUGUUGUUCGUCCACCAGGGCCAUGCGCCCACCUACAUCAACAACAAGGCAGACGGGGGCCGUAUCCGGGUGGUGGAGGCUCUGAGUGCCGGCCAGGUGAACAUCAGCAUCUCCCGCCUGAGGGGCGUGGACACCGACCUGUACACCUGCGGCUUCAUGGUGGCCAGCAACCCGCUGGACCGAGAGGAGCCCGGCCAAGACGAGUUCCUGCUCUACGUGGCAGAUCACAUUGAGAAGCCCUGCACCUGCUCCAGCUAUCCCACCGUGCUGUACGCCAUCAGCGGAGCUGUGGGCCUCCUGCUCAUCAUCACACUGGCACUCUCUGUGGCAUACUGUAGUAAGGUGUGUUGCAACGGCAGCAAACCACAGCCGCCUGCUGCUGCUGUCCCCAUCUACGAGGAGAUGACAGGCCUGCAGUCUGGAAAGGAAGGAAGCGACAAGAAGGCCUUCUGCGACCAGCUGGCCGGCUAUGGGGAGAGCCAGUACGCCCAACCCCGCCGUGAGAACCCCUACUCCAACCCCUGAUGAUCAGGAUGCAAAACGGAAGAAAAUGCAAAAAUGGAAGAAAAUCCAAGGCACUUUGAAAAAGUUAAAAAGCCUUUAUUGUGAUGGUUUUGUCAUACGAGACAUUUAGAAGAACCCCAACGCGUUUUGUCAGUCAUGCCUUCUUCAGGGAGUCAAACCUUGAUGAUAAGGGGCCGAUGUGAACCCUCCCUCUUCCUCCUCCUCCUCUUCCUCCUCCUUCUCCUCCUGGCAAAACCUUGGAGACUUCUCCAACUAACGGAAGAAGUUGCACCGGUCUGUUAAAUGUGAUGGUAGUGUUCUAUAGUGGAUAGAGCUGCCCUUUUUUCUGGUUUUCAGCUGGUUGUACUUAUUUGGUCAGAACAUUUAGGAGAACAAAAAAAAAAACUUUUGGGUGAAACCUUCUCCAAUCCUUGAUGAGGGGUCUACCUGGACCUCGUCCUCUCGAUUGAAUGAGCUGUGGAGUUCUCUCCAACUGAAGAAGUUGCACUGCUCUGCUGAAGGUGAUGGUAGUGUUCUAUAGUGCAUAGUGCUGCCUUUUUUCUUGUUUUCAACUGUUUGUAUUCAUUUCAUCAGUACGUUUGGAAAAACAAAAAAAACUUUUGGGUGAAGUCUACUCUCCAACCCUUGACUCUCCAACCCUGGACCUUGUCCUCUCCCAGCCUUGAAGUUAUCCCCAACUGAAGAAGUUGCACUGCUCUGUUGAAGGUGAUGGUAGUGUUGUAUCUAUGCAUACCUUGUUUUCUAAUUGUAUUCAUUUCGUCAGUUUGUUUAGAAAAACAAAACAAAGCCUACUCCAACCCUACCUGGACCCUCCUCCUUCCUCUGGCCCACUCUUGGGAGGUUCUCCACCUGAAUAAAACGAAGCCGCUGCACGGGUCUGUGGAGGGUGAUGGUAGUCAAAGAUUCUCAAUAUGGUAACCAAGAUACAUGUGAAUUGUUGGUACUACCGAGUCACAAAUGCAACAAAGUGGGAUCAGUUCAGUGACUUUUUAAAUUCGAUACCGCAUUGAGCUCCAUUCAUUCUGAACGCCUGCAUGGAAGCUUAGAGCAUUACAUUAUAUACAUUCUGGAGGACAUUCCUUAUAAUGAGCCGUCUCCAUCUCAUCAUUCAACUCUGAUGGUAGUCCCUCACUGCAUAGUGCUGCCUUUUUUCUUGUUUUUGAUUGGUUAUUAUUUUCAUUUGGUCAGCAAGAGUUUUGGGUAAAGCCUGCUCCAGCUCUUAUAAACUUUAAUGCAAUGGUAAUACAAUGACAAUAAUCAGCUGGUGGGUCAGUGACUCAGCUUGUUAACUCUGACUAAGUGAUGAGAUGUUCUCGUUUAAAGGGACUGGUGGUAUUACACUUGGAGUGAAAGUAAGCCACUGGAAUCAUCUUCUCCCUGCCAAAACAAAGGCAAGUUGGCAAGUUGAAACUGUGAAAAAAAAUGUUUUUCUAAGUUGUCAUACAGUACUGCUGAGUAAUUUCUUGUAUUAUAUAUUUUAGCUUUCCAACUGUUGUGUAAAAUGGAAAGAAAAAUGUCUGCACACUUAAAUCCCCUUUGUGUUCUUUUUAAUAAGCCAAACUUUCGGUCUACUGACCUUCCUCAGGGCUCCUUUUAAUCGAGAGUGCGGUGUGAUCCGGUUGAAUACAGCUUUCAAAAUGUUAAAAAGAAAAUGUGCACACUCACUGCACACACUGCUCAUGUCUUCAUCAAUAUCACAUGUCAUGUGUGUCCUUAUGUUGUGAGCCAUGAUGCUAGUCAGGCUUAUGUGUUCAGGUGACCAGACCAAUGACUCUUACAACUGGACCAGACGCCCCCCAAUAUCCAGGGACUCUCCUAGGCUGAGACAACACAUUUUUCUAUUUCAAAUAUUUACUGAAGAAAUAGGGAUGUCCCCAGUUCACCGGUAAAUACAUGUAAAUCUCCCAUGUUUUCAGCUUAUUCUUGUACUUCCCUUCAAGUUUUGCUCAAACUCUACAAGUCUUUCUUUUGAAACUGUGCAUGUAGGCAUGUUGCUGUAGCGACAGUCCAUAUAUGUCUAUCUUGACAGACAAUACACGUUUGUAUUUUCCUGUUCUUUUGCUUCAGGCUAGACGUGACGUUACUCAAACUUGCAAAACAACAUAUUACAGCAGAAUAGCAUGUGGCUUCCUUCGUCACGUCAAUAUGUGUUUUAAAAGGGAACUUUUUUUUUUCAAACCAAACUCACCGCAGGACGAGGGGGGAAAAUGUCACUCCACAGCAAUUGUCAAAGCACGAAAUAAGUAUUUUUCCCUCAUCAAUGUUAUAAAUGAUAGCUGAAAUGGUGAAACAUAGAGGAAUAUAAUGUGUGUGUGUGUGUGUGUGUGUGUGUGUGUGUGUGUGUGUGUGUGUGUGUGUGUGUGUGUGUGUGUGUGUGUGUGUGUGUGUGUGUGUGUGUGUGUGUGUGUGUGUGUGUGUGUGUGUGUGUGUGUGUGUGUGUGUGUUAGGAUGUUUUAGCUGUUAAUCUUACUGCUGACCACUUUUGCUUUUACUUCAAACAUAUUUGUACAAAACUUGCCUUUUGUCUUUUAUGAAUGACUACUUGUGUAGUCAUUUUCAAGCAGAUGUUGAUAAUUGUUAAUAAUUGUAGGUUUGUGUCAUAGCAUUAUUCCUCCUGUUCAAAAUGAUCAUUUGUAUUUUCUUGAGUGUUUUUAGUUAUUUAAACUUGUUAAAAAGACAUUUAUUUGUGUAUUUUUAGUGUAUAUUUUCACAAUACUAGUUCAGUAAUAAUUUAAUUCUCAAUUUAUUGUGUUUUGUUCACUGAUGUCACAUUUUUUUAAAUUGUAUAACUCC